AUGCUGGGCCGACUCCUCAGCACCGCCGCCUCGACCUUAAAUCCGGCGGCAUAUUCCUCACGAGCUAACGGCACCCCUCUUGAAUCUGUAACUGAAGAGGAACACACCUCCGGUCUUCUAUUCCCCGAUGCCAGCCUCCUCCGACGUUCCCAUGCCCACGCAUACCCACUACAGACAAGUUUCAAUUCCCCGAAUGCCUCGACCGCGGGUGCAUAUGAUGAUCGUGGGGGGAUGGAAUUGGAUCACAUCAAGGAUUUCCGCGUGAUUGUUGCACAAAAUGCAUUGGGUGACCGUGAUGCAUGUGUCCUACUUGACACCCGUGCUUCUGAUUCACCCCCCGCCGGCCUCGGAAUCGACCCACAGAACCAUGAUCAGUCUGGUCCCAGACACACUCGGGCGGUCUCCAGUCUCUCUCGUGGGACACGCCGCAAUUUCAUUGUCCAAUCCUCCCUCGUCGAACCAAGUCCCAUCUCUACUGCUGCAGAUGCACGCAGAGCAUCACCGGCCAGCCCUAGCGCAUUUUCCCGAGCCCGUGGCCGUAGCUCUACAUUGGCUCCGGCAGGAACAUGGCACGACCCGGGCCAGUCUCGUCACUCCUCCGACUCCAAUGCUACCGGGCUUCUUAACUGCAUCUUCGGCAGCAGUUCCUUCAGCUACCGAGGCUCAUCUACCAAAAUGCACGUCAUCUCUGCUGACGAGGACUCCGGAACUGGGAUUGGGGUCAGUGCAUCCCCGGCUGCUCGUAGCCCCCUCUCCCGAGCCUAUACCACAGGCAGUCCCUUGGGUCCCAUGGGUGCAGCCCGAGGAGCAGAUGAAAAGCCACCUUCCAAAGUCACAGUCCUCUUGACUCGCAUGUUCAGUGUGAAUCUCCCAGAAGGCGCUGAAGCUUCGGCCGAAAAGCAUGAUUAUGCCAGCGCACUGUACCAGGAGUCAUUGCCUGAGAUGGAAUUCCCAUUCCCAGAUAUCAACAAGCGCAAGAAGAUCAAAGAGAAGAAGACUCCAAUGUAUGCAGUUGCAAUCACGAUACAGAUUCCUCUCUUGCCGCGCAAUUCUGGUCGGCCUGCAUCAAGGUUCAGCACCCUCGGCCCGGACACUCCUAGAACACGCUUUUCAAGCUCCCUUGAUUCUGAUCACCGUUGGCCUGGUGGGUUCUUCGAUGACAGCUUGUCUUCAGCGUCUCCACCCGCUAGCUUGGAUGAGCGUCUGGACAUACUUGUUGACCACUGGGAUGUGAUCACACGUAGUCUCUCUCAUCUCGAAAGACUUGCUCGCAACGAAAUUCUCUUCCUUUUGAAGAAAGUUGACUCUCUCUCUGGACCUCACCCCAAGCCUGUCAAACCACCCAAUAUGCAACGCACCAAUCAGACCAUUGUGCAUUUGCCCGCCAACAUCCUAUCGGUCAAUUCAAAGCUCAAGGAAGAGGCUAUCCGUAGCUCUCGCCGAAUAAGCUUGGCCCUUCAAACUCCGUAUGUAGUCACCGGACAGAGUCGCUGGGGUGUCUGGCGGGAAGAAGGCCGCUCAAUUGUUCGUGGACUUGGCGACAAGGAGCAAAACUUUUUCUUCUUGGUCGUAUUGACCGCUUUCCUGGGGAAUCAUACGGAAUGGCUCAAUAGCCUUGGCCCAGAAUGGUAUCGUCGCCGUCACAAUCAGCAACAGAAGGCUAAGCAGGACGGAGAACCCCUCCUUGUGAACAGAACGGUCAUCGUUUGUCCCGAUAAGAUGACCGCUCGCCGUCUCGUGUUCUUACUUGCUGCUUUCUUGCCUUCUAAACAGCGCAUGGAGCCCUUGCCUUCGCCACUUAGACCUGGUACGUCGGCGUCGAUGCGUGCAAUCUCCCAAAGCCCACCUACUGUUCCUGUACUCCGCCAGGAGUCUCUGCGGAGGGCGAUUGAGCGACGAGCUCGUGCUCAGCGAAUGAACACGGGCGAUAAUGAUCACCAUCAGCGUUCGGUCAGUGUUUCCUCGCAGGAUACUACCCAUGGGCCUGAAGUCACAACGCCGCCCCCCGAUUACUCUACUGCUGCGGCCCGCAGGGGGUCUGACGCUCGUUCAAUCAAAACGCUCAGUGCAAACAUCAACCCAAAGGAUGUUCGAUCUGUGAACACGAGUGGGGCGACUACUUCCAUGACAACCCAGAGCAGCACCGUUCCAGUCCCACACUUUACUUCGCAACCAAGCAACUCUAACCAGGCGCGAGCUCACAGUGAUGCAGCGGAAGGCAAUGAUAGCCUGGCAUCAGAGACCCUAUUGAAAAGCCUUCAGCGCAGCGAUAGCUCCGCCUUGAGCACCAAUGACAAUGCCUCUGGUCGCUGGGGUGGCAUUUUCUCAGGUCUUUGGAGCUCCCGCCAAGAAUCUUCGACCGAGGGAAGUGAGCCAUUCCCCCCGACCGACAGUCGCAAGACAUCUGUAUCCACAAUUGCUGGCCCAGCUAGACGUGGAUCUACCGCUCUAAGCCGAAUGGUCAAGGAAGUGGCAGAACUUGAAGCUGAGCAUCGGCCUGAAACUGCUCCCAGUGGGAACAUUUCCAUCCCGGCUGCCUCACCAGAACCCUCAUCUCUCAGUAGCCAACCCCGUGAAUCACCGCUGAAGCUAUCUGUCCGGGCACAAGAGGGCGUGGUAGAUGUUGAUCUACCCCUCCCUGGCUUCAUGUCACUUUCCUCGUCUGGCGACUCGACCAUUGCAUCGCCAAAGAAAACAAGAACGUCCAUUACUAGUAUGGAUGCGGUUGCUUCAACCCACAGCAGUGGCUCUGGAUUCCCCGGCACUAUGAAAGAUAACGAUAGUCCGUCCGCCCAUGUGGCCGGGUGGUUGAAGUCAUUCCACGAAGAUUUCUCACUCCAGGCCGUCCGCCCUUAUGCUUCCCUUGAAGCCGAAAUAAAGCGAGCAAUGCGGGCCGAACCCUCUCCAUACAUCCCAUUCACGCCCGGUGUGGAUGGCUCAGAAAAAUGGGUGGAUGUUGCGACGACUUUGAUUGCCGACACACGAGCCUCUACGGUAAAGCGCCUCCGCCUACGACGCAAAAUCACAAUGGGUCACGAAUCUGGGACAACCCACUCACCUACCUCACCUGCCAAUGGCAAGUCUCGCCAAUCCACGGGGAGUGCUUCUGUCUCGCAAUUCACCAGCUUCUUUUCAGGACACGACAAAUCCCCCGGUGGCACUACUUCCACCGAACAUGGUCAAAGCUUUGUUGAAGAGCGAUUCACCGAGGAGCCUGUAAUGGACCUUGAUGGGGUUCUAGUUGAUGCAGUCGAACGUGUCCUAGGACAAAGCGGUUACUCGUCGCUCGUACAGUCGCGUGCCCCUUCUCCAAACCGUGCACGCAAAGCCGAGGACAAAGACAAGAGUCAUCCUGCCCGGCCAGACGAGGUACUAUCUCCCCCCGAAGUGCCGCGCGGUGAAUGCCGUAAGAUGGUCCUCGGAGCACUUGAAGAAGUUGUCCGUAUCGUCACCGCUGAACACUGCCGCGAAGACGUGGAAAGUGCUGCUGGCCUUGCUGAUCGCGAGCGCAAAAGAGCUCUCUCAGGCGCUGAUAAUACAUUGCGUGAAGGAAUCCGAAAAUGGCUUCUUGACGUCGAAGAAGCCUGGUGA